CUUUGGAUGACAUCGGUUUUUUUUCAUUUUCCUCUACAUUAUUGAAAACGUUACAUCAAUGCAGAGAGGGGAAGAAGGAAAAUGGUAGAAAUGCAUCAGUCAAGCUAAAUUCGAGCCAGACAGAGGAGGGAAAGAUGGAAUCAAGAGGCUGGAACCAAAUGAUCACUGCACUUCAAGCCGCGACUCAACAAUGCAAUUACAUAACGGCUGAAACGGAUUGGGCGCUGAAGGCAGCUGCAGCGCAGACUUGCGAUGAGGUCUUCAAGGCUCUGGACCAGUUCGGCCUAAACAUCUGCCACGGAUGGUUCGAAGCCAAGUGCCGCUAUGUUCCCGGCUACCCCCUAUACCAAUGCACCGUCAAGACGCCUGCUUCAUGUGCGUUUUUGGAUCCAAUACAAACACCCAAGACAGUGCUCGAUUGUGCACCAGGCCUCCAAACCUUGGGUCAGGCAGACAGACCACCCUCCGCACCUUCCUCGCCCAGCUCUGGGAGGAGAUCGCGCGGGAAGGGUAAAGAGCCCGCCUCAGAACCAACAAAGAGGCGUAAUACUGGAGGUAGAGGUCCACCCCGCACCGGAGGAUCUUCAUAUGCCGGAGGUUCUUCAACUACUAGGGGCUCUCCACCUACUAGAGGCUCCCCACCUACUAGGGGCUCUCCACCUUUUAGGGGCUCUCCACACGGCUCUCCAUUUCAUACAGACUCUCCAUUCCCUACGGUUUCUCCAUUUCCAAUGGGCUUUUCUCUUCCUGGAAGUCCAUUUUAUCCGACGGAUCCUCCGGGCUCCAUGCCUGGACUCGCUAUGGAUCCCACGUUUGAUGUGUCUGCCUACGGUGUUGCGGAUUCGCUUCCUGGAAGUCCACGAUAUGCUCCGUACCCUCAAUCCACUCCGCAGUCUGGACUCGUUGUAGAUCCUUCUUUCCGUGUGGAGGAUUUGGAGGAAGCGGAUCUAUCGUUCUACUGCUCGAGCCCCCCAGGCGGAGCCUUAAAUCCGGGUCCCGCUGGUGGAGAUGGAACUGGCGCCGCCGCAGGUGUAGCUGAUGUGGCGGGAGUUGAAGCACAAGGCCAAACGAAGCUUCAGUGUCCCGAGUGCGGAGGAUAUUUUAAACAUGCGAACUCUUUAAGGCAACACGUGUCAAUGCAUGAAGCGAUGCGCCAAGGAAGGACAACAUGCCCGUGCGGUGUUGUCUGCAGCACGACGCAGGCUCUCAAAGUUCAUUUGAAAUCCGUGCAUAAAGUCCAGUUUGAGACGGGACCCAAAAGUUACGUAUGUGAUGUGUGCGGAGUGGAUUUUAAGAAUACGAAGAAGCUCUCUGCACACAAACCAACUCACACUGGAGAAACAAACUGCUUUGUUUGCAGGAAACCCUACAAAACCAUAAGUGCGAGGAAUAAGCAUAUAAGGGAUAAACAUCCGGAGGUUGACCUAUAACCAAAAUUAUGAAUUUAUUAUUACGGUUGUGUGGUUAAACUGAGCAAAACCAAAGAAUGAUUCAAUAAACGAACGGACCAGAAAAAAAUCGCCGAUUAAUUUCUCAAGCAGAUGGAUAAGCCAGAGGAAUUUUCAUUUUGUAUAGUCCAAUGGAGCUGUUGCACCUUUUUAGAUUAAUUUUUGGAAAUUAAAUAAAAAUGAGAAUGCUUGCA